UUUUAACGGUUCGGUCUAUAGUUGAGUCGCUACAGCUGCACUCAAGAUUUUUACUGGAAUCUGAGUUGGGUGUGACAUUGUCUAGUCACCGCCAAAGGAUACACUGGCACUGUCUGGUGUAAGUUGAAAGUAUUAGGGUUAAUUUAGUUCUGCUGUAAAGGAAUAUCACGCCCAGCCUCCGACAAGUCCUGCCGGUAACGGUGCUCGGCCCCGUCAUGUCGUUAUGCUUGAGUAUUGGCUGCUAUCCGGCAAAUUAUGCAGAUUUCUGGAGGAGGAGGAGGGCUUGAGGCUGGGCCAGCGGAAUGCUACGUGUCUCGGUAGUCCCUUUUAAAAGCCCGUCGUCUUCUUCGAUUACCGUAGCCAAAAGUUUGUUACGACUCGAGCGAGCGGCAGACCUUGUCACCACCCAGGCCCGUGUGUGUGUGUGUGUGUGUGUGUGUGUGUAUGUGUGUGAAGCCCGGUCCGUCGGCGGUGUUAGACUCUUGCGAAAUGUCCGGAGUGAAAAAGCUAAGAACGGACCUCAACAGGUCAACCAAUGUGGUGUACCAGGCCCACCAUGUCAGCCGGAGCAAGAGAGGGCAGGUCGUGGGUACCAGAGGAGGCUUCAGAGGCUGUACCAUCUGGCUCACCGGUUUGUCUGGUGCUGGGAAGACUACCAUCAGUUUUGCCCUGGAAGAGUAUCUCGUGUCCCAUGCCAUCCCUUGCUACUCACUGGACGGAGACAACAUUCGCCAUGGCCUGAACAAGAAUCUGGGCUUCUCCGCCGAAGACCGUGAGGAAAACAUCCGUCGCGUUGCUGAGGUGGCCAAACUGUUUGCAGAUGCUGGGCUGGUUUGCAUCACCAGUUUCAUCUCCCCCUUCGCCAAGGAUCGUGUUGAGGCGAGGAAGAUCCAUGCGAGCGCCGGGCUACCAUUUUUCGAAGUGUUCAUCCAUGCUCCUCUUGAGGUGUGUGAGAGCAGAGAUGUAAAAGGACUUUACAAGAAGGCUCGGGCUGGCGAGAUUAAAGGUUUCACUGGGAUUGAUUCCGAUUAUGAGCGUCCUGAGGUGCCAGAGCUUGUACUGAAAACGGGAGAACUCUCAGUGAACGAAUGCCUCCACCAAGUGCUGGAGCUGCUCAGAGACCAGAAUAUUGUACCAGGCGAGAUCAUGGAGGAGGUGAAUGAACUCUUUGUUCCGGAGAACAAGCUGACUCUUGCUGUGGCUGACGCAAACACGCUUCCCACCAUCAGCAUCACCAAGUUGGAUCUACAGUGGGUGCAGGUUUUGGCAGAGGGCUGGGCUAGCCCUCUUAAGGGUUUCAUGAGAGAGAGAGAGUUCCUCCAGGUCUUACAUUUUGGCAACCUGCUGGAUGGUGGGGCCAUCAACUUGUCUGUUCCCAUUGUCCUGGCUGUUAGCAAUGAGGCCAAGCAGGAGCUGGAUGGCUGUGCGGCUGUAGCUCUGGAGCACCAGGGUUCACGAGUGGCUAUUCUCAGGAACCCAGAGUUCUAUGUACACCGCAAGGAGGAACGCUGUGCCAGACAGUGGGGCACCACUUGUCCACAGCACCCUUACAUUAAGAUGGUUAUGGAGGGAGGUGAUUGGCUGGUGGGUGGCGACCUGGAGGUGCUGGAGCGAAUCAAAUGGAAUGAUGGACUUGACCAGUACCGCCUUACUCCACAGGAGCUCAAGCAGAGGUUCAAAGACAUGAAAGCGGACGCAGUAUUUGCAUUCCAGCUGCGUAACCCAGUCCACAAUGGUCACGCCCUGCUGAUGCAGGACACCAAGCGCCGUCUGCUAGAGCGAGGAUACAAGAAUCCAGUCCUCCUGUUGCACCCACUUGGCGGCUGGACUAAAGAUGAUGAUGUGCCUCUGGACUGGCGGAUGAAGCAGCAUGCUGCUGUCUUGGAGGAGGGUAUCCUCGACCCAGCAAGCACCAUUGUUGCCAUCUUCCCCUCACCUAUGAUGUAUGCUGGACCCACAGAGGUGCAGUGGCAUUGUAGAGCCAGAAUGAUUGCUGGAGCAAAUUUUUACAUUGUUGGCCGAGACCCAGCAGGCAUGCCUCACCCAGAGACUAAGCAGGACCUGUAUGAACCCACCCAUGGAGGCAAGGUCCUCACCAUGGCCCCGGGCCUCACCUCUGUGGAGAUCAUCCCCUUCAGGGUAGCCGCCUACAACAAGACUAAGAAGGCUAUGGACUUUUAUGACCCAGAGCGACAUACUGAGUUUGAGUUCAUCUCUGGAACCAAGAUGAGGAACUUGGCUCGGAGUAAAGAGUACCCUCCCGAUGGUUUCAUGGCCCCCAAGGCCUGGAAGGUGUUGGUCGAAUACUACAUGUCUCUUCAAAAGGACGAGUAAUCAACACAAUGCUCAGAUCACCAGUCAGCAGUAUAAUAUAAAAUAAUAUAGUUAGUUCUUAAAGGGGGUUACAUAUACAUCACAUCCAUCCCUCCAGGAGUUUUUAGAUAGAUUCUUCUUUUAUCUUAUACAAAAAAUGGUAUUUAGAUUGAUGAACUUAGAUUGCUAUAAAUAAUGAGUAAUUCUGGCAGGGGUGGGUGUUUUGUCUUCGCCAAAUCAAAAUGACUUGUCUUAAGCAGUUUAAGCAUUACAUUUUUACAUUCCUAUAAAACUAUGUGAUUUAUAAAUCCAUUGUAUGUUUAUAUACAUAUUAACUUAAGCUAUGUAUUUUAAUAAAUUAAAAGUAACUUGAGAUUCUUUUUUAAAUUUUAUAUUUUAAGUUUAGGAGCACGUCCCAAGACAGGGAAAUGAUUUUGGAUAUUUACAUGUAAUAUCUAAAGGAAUGCAUGACAUAAACAUGUAGAUUUCACUUUUCGUAGCAUUUUAAGGCAGUUUUGUCACAGUCUGUCAAGUUACUUGUAUGACCUCAAUGAAAGUUACAUGCAGUUUUAUCACUACCUACAGUGCCUGUUGUUUCACAUGUAUGGAUGUUAAUUAAUUCAUCAUGUUAAUGUGUCAUAUUAUUGUGAACCACAACAUAGAUUUUUUUUUUUUUAUAAUGUGAAAGUGCCUUUCUCUCAAAUGUCAACAUUCAUAAAAAAGAGAAAUUGUUUAAAUAUCUUGUCGGCAUUUGCCUGAAAUGCAUCUGAGAUUUGUGUGACUUUAUAAAGUGGGGAAGUGCAUUCGUGUAAUAAAGGCCUGCAGUUUUAGGAAGAUGAAAGUGAGUAUGUAAAAUGCAGUAAUAAAAGGAAAUUAUUUGUUA